AUGGCUCCAUUCGGUACCAUCUAUAGCUACCCCAACAACCCUAGGGUCGGGAAGGUCCUAGCGGUGGCCAAUUUGAACAACCUCGAAAUCGAGGUUCCGCCAUUCCAAAUGGGCGUAACAAACCGCACCCCGGAAUUUCUCGCCAAGUUCCCCAUGGGCAAGGUGCCGGCCUUUUCAGCGGCCGACGGUACCAAUAUCUUCGAAUCUGACGCCAUUGCGCAGUUUGUGGCAGAGAGCGGCCCGGCUGCUGGUCAGCUCGUUGGUUCCACGCCAGCUGAGCGCGCCGUCAUCCGCCAGUGGAUUGCUAUGGCAGACAACGAAAUUGGUUUGAAUAUCGUUCUGCUUGUCUUGCCUCGCAUUGGAGUGUCCAAGUUCGACGAAGCCACGGAGGCUGCGGCUCUCGAGAGGCUGGAGCGCGGCUUAGCAUGCCUGGAUAAGCAUCUCGCUGGCAGCACAUGGAUUGCACCACAGGAAAAGCUUAGUUUGGCUGAUAUCACUCUGGCCGCGGCACUUUCCUGGGGAUAUGCCAUGAUUAUUGACGCAGAAAUGAGGGCCAAGUACCCGGCCCUUCUAGCAUGGUAUAAGAAGACCAUGGAUAGCGAGGGUGUCAAGGGGGCUUUUGGAGAGCUGAAGUUCAUUGAGAAACGCGAGAUUCCUCAGUAA